AUGGGAGAUGACAGCGAUCCCCUCCCAGCUCCAAGCCGGCUCAUCCAGGAGCCGGUGACCUUCGAGGACAUCGCCGUCUACCUGAGCCGCGCGGAGUGGGACGCCAUCGCGGAGGGGCAGAGGGAGCUGUAUCGCGGCGUCAUGCUGGACAACUACGAGCUGUUGAUGUCGCUGGGUUACCCAGGCCCCAAACCCGACAUUUUAUACCGGCUGGAGUGCGGGGAAGCACCGUGGAUCUGCAUGCCGCAGAGCCCGGCAGGGUGGGAUGGACCCGACAGCCCCUCGCCAGGACACAACGGAGACGUGAGCUGGCUGGAGGAGCUUCCCUCAGGCUGGUGGCCUGGCGCUGGCGGGCGCCACGUGCCGGAGGAGAGGCCGCAGACCCCCUGCUAUGGGGGACGGUGUGUGCAGUGGCGUCUGCGCUCUAGCAGGCUGCUUAACAAGUUCAAGUCUCUCGGGGGUAGGAGCGAGUUGCCGGCAGAGGCGGCUGGCAGAGGAGUGGGGCCGGUGGAGAGCCGAGAGCAGGCACGGACGGCCUCGUGGCCUGGGAAGGAAGGAGCCGCAGCGGAUACACAAGGUGUCACGGCAAACGUCACCCAAAGCGGAGGAUUCCCACUUCAUCCAGCGAUGGAGCAGCAGAAGGAAAAGGCAGAUCCUCGGGAGUGUCUGCGUGGUGACCCUACGGAGAGCUUCCAAAGGAGUCCCCAGAAAAGCCAGCGCAGCCCGGGAGAAGCGCCGUUUCCCCAAGAGAAUGGGGAACUGUCUGUCGAGGCUCUGAACGAGAUCGUUUGGAAAGACCACUGUUACUGCGUGAUGAGCGAGACGCAGCUCUCGCGUUGCACCCCGCGUCCGUGUCCUCUGAGAGACCACGACUACUGCAGAAACCGCAGGGCUGGCGUCUCGGCGCUUAUGGACCACGAGUACUGUCAUGCGCGAAGGAUUCGUUAUCAGGGCAGAGUUAAUAAAAUCGCUCGUCUUACGGGUAAGGCUCGGGCCGUGCUUCGCAGGCUGGCAAAGCGAAAAUCCCAAAUAGGGCGCAUCCUCCGGAAAGCCAAGCAAAUCGUGUGGCGUUACAAGCUUCACGCCAACAAGAGGCUGGAGUUUCCUCGGUGUUCCUCUAGCGCCGGCUGUCUGUCCAACCCCCCCGUCCCUCCUGCUAAGCCGGAAGACAACUCCACGAAGGGAACGCGUGGGGCGUUUUGUCCUCCCGCGAAACGGGAGGCCGUGCCCGUCCCGCCUCCGAACCAGGGCGGCUCCCAAGGGCGGACGUCAGCAGCGCUUCACGCCCCCGCCGCGUCUUUCAAACCCUCGCCCUCAAACGCAGAGGUGCCGAAGGAAGCGCCGCGCCCCGAGGCGUCCGUACACCGCGAGGCGCUGAGGGCGGAGCUGAUCCAGGGCCCUGACGCUCAGCAAAACAUCGAAGGGUGCGAAUUCGUUAACUUGAGACGCGAACUCAUCAAUUUGGAUCACGCGUCGCUGCAUAACGCCUAUAAGAUAGUGAUGCGGACCGUCAAUCAUGUGCUCAGCUCCAUACGGCACAACUUCGAGCUCGGUGGCUUGCCUCAGUGUAAGGAGGUCUGGCCCGUCAUCAUUCAGACAGACAGCUGA